CGUACAACAAUAGUCAUGAAAUUUAAAGCAGUACGAUAGGCAGUACCAGUAUAGGCAAUAGAACCAACAAACAUUUCAACCGAUUUAUUUUAAAAGCUGAUUUUCUUUGUCUCUUGGGUUGCAGAUAACUUUUCAAAAUGAGUGAUAGUGAUUCCGGCAGAGAAAGUUCUCUAACGAAUUAUAGGCCGCAAGUUUCUUACAACCAUCCGAAAUUAAUUGACAAUGACCAAAACACCAAGUUACAUAUUGCCGCUGCUUCAAACCAAGUUGCAUUAAUUGAAAAAUACAUUCGCCAGGAGUUUCACUUUGUGGAUCCCCAAAACUAUUUAGGAUGGACGCCAUUGAUGAUGGCCUGUCGCAAAGGACAUUUCGAUUCAGUAAGGUGUUUAAUAUUACACAGAGCAAACGCUACCCUUGUUAAUGCAUUUGGAACAAACGUAUUUCAACUAGGCGUUGCAUCGGGAAACUUGGAGAUGGUUAAAUUCCUACUAGAUCAUUUUCUUACCGGGGGAAUAUCCAGAAGAAUAUUAGAGCUAUUUCUUCCUGUGGCUUCUAUUGCGAUACUAUUCAAGCAUCAGAAAAUUUUGGAAUUUCUAGUGGAACAUCAUUUUAGCGUUGACGGAACUACACCCGAAACCGGUAUAACGCCGUUCAUGUUCGCUCAUGCAAUGGAAAAUGAUCCAGCCAUAUCAUACCUACUUAAACAGAAUGCUGAUACCACAAUCAAAAACUUUUUGGGAAUAACAGCGAUUCACAUAGCUACGAUUCGACAACAUAUGAAAGUACUGCCUACUAUUGAUCAGCGAUAUUUUUCGCAGAAACUAUCCCACCUUCCUCCAGAGCGUCAGGAAUCAUUUACAAAUGAAAUGCAAAAUCAGCAACUCAGAAGCGUUUUACAGAUGAAGUCCGAAGGCACUCCCAACUAUUUGCCACCCCAAGUUUGUGGUCCUAAUUCCCCUUUUAUAAUUGUCACGUCUUGUUCAAAUACCCCUGACGCAAUUAAGUUUGAAGCUAAUCCAAAUCGCAUGGGGGAAAAUAACAGAAGAUCAUCUAAUAUUUCUCCUAGUCAAAUUCUACCGUCUCCAAACUUAACACCGAUCUUUCCUAACCCCUCGAUUAGACAAAUAUUUUUCCCUUCUAAUUUCUCUUUUCCUCAAAAUUACCUAAUUUCGCCUUCAUUUACCACUGUACCAUCUCAUCACAAGAACGAUAUUUUGAAUGAAAACCUGAGAUAGUCUAUGAGUUUGCUGUCACCCCGAAUGUAAUGUUUAUUAUUUGUUGAUUUUUAUUCAAUUGAUAUGCAAUGUGUCCAUACGUUUUAAUUUGAAAACUUUUUGCUUUUAAUUUUGCUAGACAACUAUUUUAUAUAUUUUACCUUAAUAUGUUUAUUUGUGCCCAAAAGAACCCACACUUUUCAAUACGUCGAUUUUGUUUUGUGGAAUAUCGUAAUUAAUUUGUUCGAUUUAUUGGUUCUUGGUGUAAUAAAUCACUUAAAAAAAUAUAUGUUUUUUUCCCAUGUACUGUUGAAUAUUUUGUUAAAAUUUGUCAUUUGUGAAGAAAUCACAUUAAUUUUUAAAGCAAAUGGUAUAUGCUAAUCAUAAGUUCUUAGAAACUGACAACCUUCAAUCCAGUCGAAAUAAACAAUUUUUUGAAAGCGGUGAAAUCUCAUCGUGGCAGUACGCUACCAGAGCAUUCGAAAUAUUUGAGAGGAGUUAAUUUUAGCCAAUUCGUAUGAUUCUCUAUAUAAAUUCUUAUUUUGGAAUCCGCGCAAUCAACUAACGUACUAUGCAAAUGUUACUACAUAUCAGCUAAAAUGCUCAAAGUAGCUCAUAGGUUUGCGUUCUGUAUUUUAACAAAUGUCAUAAGUUAUAAUAACUGACGACACCAUUGGUUGAUGAAUCUAAUCAUUAAAAAAAGCCUUGCAUGCUGCCGCAUGGUAAACUUCAACUAUAUUUUUACAUUUACAUUUAUAAUAUAAAAUGUAACCAUUAAUCAAUAACACUGUAACUUAUUUCAAAACUGCAUAUUUGUAAAAAGGCGUUAUUAAAUUGAAAAUUGUAGCACUGUA